AUGUGGCUGCGGCUGUGGGCGGCGCUGCGCGUCUACGCGCUGGGGCUCGCGGAGCUGGCGGCGCAGCUGCUGCGGCCGCGCGGGGGCCGCCGGGAACCAGCGCUCCCCCCGCAGCCGGGCCGAGUCGCCAUCGUCACGGGCGGCACCGACGGGCUGGGCCUCGCCGCGGCGCGGGAGCUGGCGCGCCUGCGCAUGCGCGUGCUGCUGGCGGGGAAUAACACAUCCCGGGCGGAAGCCGCCGUCCGUGACGUCAGAGAGUACAGCGGGAACGACCAAGUGGAGUUCAUGUACCUGGACCUGGGCUCCCAGCACUCGGUGCGAGAGUUCGUGCGUGAGUUCAAGGCGAAGCAGAUCCCCCUGCACGUGCUGGUGAACAACGCCGGGGUGAUGAUGGUGCCACGCAGGCUCACGCCCGACGGGCUGGAAGAGCACUUUGCGGUCAACUACCUGGGCCACUUCCUGCUGACCAUGCUGCUGCUGGACCUGCUACGCGCCUCGGGGACCCCGGGCCGGACGGCCCGCGUGGUGAACGUGACCUCCGCCACCCACCACCUAGGUUACAUCUGCAUGGAGGACCUGCAGGGAAGCCGGGCCUACUCCCCGCACGCGGCCUACGCGCAGAGCAAGCUGGCGCUGCUGCUCUUCACCUUCCGGCUGCAGCGGGUGCUGUCGGCCGGGGAGGACGAGGAGGACGAGGAGGAGGAGGAGGAGGAGGAGGGGGCCGGCCGCCAUGACGCCCCCCUGGUCACGGUCAACGCCGUGGACCCCGGCGUGGUGGACACCGGCCUCUACCGACACCUGUGGUGGGGGCCCCGGCUGGUGCAGAGGCUGCUGGGACGCUGGGCCUUCAAGGCGCCGUGGGAGGCGGCGCGGCUGCUGGCGCUGGCGGCGGCGGACCCGGCGCUGGAGGCGCGCGGCGGGCGGCUGCUGCGCAUGCGCGGCGCGGGCGGCGGUGGCGCGGAGGAGGCGCGUGCGCACGCGCGGGCGCGGGACGUGGCGCUGCAGCGCGCGCUCUGGGCGCGCAGCCGCCGCCUGGCGCGCGCGUGA